AUGGCCGGCGGCGGCGGGAGGCGGCGCCGGCCGGCGGCGGCGCUGCUGCUGCUGUGCUGGCUGGCCGGGGGCCCGGCGGCGGCGGCGCAGGGGGCGGCGGGCAACUCGCAGAGCUGCCCGGCGCCCGCCGACAUCCACCCCUGCUCGUGCACGGUCAAGAAGAACGGGCUGGACGUGCUGUGCGAGUUCACGGACCUGGCGAGCAUCGCGCGCGCCAUGACGGUGCUGAAGGGGCGCGCCAACAUCGUCAUCUUCUACCUCAAGCUGCGCCACAACAACCUGCCCAAGCUGCAGGGCUUCGUGUUCCUGGGGCUCGAGAUACGCCACCUCACCAUCCACAACAGCAGCCUCGCCGUCGUCGAGGAGUCCUCGCUCAGCUCCAUCGGUAAGGGCCUGACGCAGCUCGACCUGUCGCAGAACAUGCUGGGCGCGGUGCCGUCGAGCGCCUUCAGGAACCUCCACCACCUGCUCAUCCUCAACAUGAACCACAACAAGGUGACGGCGCUGCACGGCCGCGCCUUCGAGGGCCUCGACACGCUCGAGAUACUCACGCUGUACGAGAACCGCCUCGCCUCCGUCGACUCGGACGCCUUCAAGGGCCUCGAGAAGAAGCUGCGGCGGCUGAACCUGGGCGGCAACGAGCUGGUGUCCGUGCCCACGCGCGCGCUGUCCAUCCUCGACACGCUCAAGAAGCUCGAGGUGCAGGAGAACCACGUCACGGACAUCCACGAGGGAGACUUCGAAGGGUUGCGAAGCCUGGACUCUCUGAGUCUGGCCCACAACUUGCUGAAGGAGGUUCCAGCCCGCGUGUUCUCCCACCUCACCCUCCUCAACUCACUGGAGCUGGAGGGCAACUCCAUCACCUACGUGGAUCCGUUGGCUUUCGUCGGACUGGAAGAGAACCUGCAGUACCUGCGGCUGGGCGACAACAACAUCCACACGAUCCCGAGCGACGCCUUGAGACGCCUGCACCGGCUGCGCCACCUGGACCUGCGCGCGAACAACAUCAGCGCCAUCGCCGAGGACGCCUUCACGGGCUUCGGUGACUCCAUCACCUUCCUCAACCUGCAGAAGAACGACAUCAAGGUCCUACCGACGCUCGGCUUCGACAACCUCAACUCCAUGGAGACUCUCAACCUGCAGAACAACAAGCUGAGCCACAUACCCGAGGAGGUCAUGGAGCCCAUCGUGGACACGCUCAGAGUCAUCGACAUCAUGGACAACCCUCUGGUGUGCGACUGCGAGCUGCGCUGGUACACGGAGUGGCUGAAGAACCUGCGCGACAAGGACGACGAGAUCAUGCAGAAGAAGCGCACCGUGUGCACCAUGCCGCACGAGCACCGCGAGUACAGCGUGCAGAACAUGCCGCUGGCGUCCAUGAGCUGCGUCGGCCGGAACCUGGAGCACAUCUCGGGCCACGCGCCGUCGGGACAGCUCGUGUGCCUGGGGGCGCUGGCGGCAGCCGCGGCGGCCCGCGGCCUCUACUGACGAGGGACCCUCCCAGACCUCGGGGGCCCCAGACCCACCACCCGACGACCUUCCGUUCGUCGAGCACGACCUCCGACCCCCGGCGGGCCUUCCGACAACCCACGGAGGCAUCAUCCGCACAACACCUUCCUCGGCGAUGCCCCAAAUUGGGAAAACUACCAUCGCAUCCUCCACCAAGUCCCAAAAUUCUGCAAAUCCAGCACCCACCAGCAUUUCACUCCAGACGGCAUACGUCUAUGGUCAAUUCUUGCUUCGUGCACGACCGGAGUUGAUUUCACGUUAAACAUCAUUCAUUCCUCUCUCAAUCGUGCUCAUGAUUGAAAAAGAGCAAAAAGUUGCGUGAGAUUUAGAGCUCAGGAAGGAUCUUCUACAUUCGGGACGUCACUUGGUGAAUGUUAUUUUUUUUUUUUGCAAUCUUUUUCGCGUCGUUAAAAGCUUGUUAAUAAAUGUGUUCCCAUUUCUGUCAA